AUGACCGACUACAACUCGACCGCCCGGGCUCUGGCGUUACCCAUAGACGAACAAGCACAUCGCUCUCAAUCCAACUCGCCCGUGUUCUCUCGACGAUCAACAUCGGUCCCACGUUCAAACCGCCGCGCAAAGUCAGGCGGCAUAGUGGCUCAGGCGGCCAAGCUACAACGCAAUGCUGCAAAAACAUUCUUCGGCCUUAGCCCUGCGAAGCGCAUCCUGUUGGUGAUUGCAGGCGUCGUAACUCUUGUGCUUGGUAUUCUGUUCCUCGUAUACAAUGAGAGGAUAUUCCACGCCAUGUCGCCCGUAGCUAAGCGUUGGAGGAACAUCACUGGUGGCUGGAUGAUCCUAUGGGCGGCGACCUUCCUGGUCAGCUUCCCGCCUCUGAUCGGGUAUUCCACGUGUGUGACACUGGCCGGCUUCGUCUAUGGUGUACCCAAGGGAUGGCUCAUUGCAGCAUCCGGAACAAUCAUUGGCAAAAACGACAAACGAUUUGCAGCACUCGCCUUGACUCUGAAACAUGAUGGCAUCAAGCUUCUGAUGAUGAUCAGACUUUGUCCACUUCCUUAUUCACUCUCGAACGGAGCCAUCUCUACAAUUCCCACAGUACAGUGGCCACAGUUCAUGGUAGCUACGGCAGCUGCAAGUCCCAAGCUGAUCCUACAUGUGUUUGUGGGCAGCCAGCUCGGACGCAUCGCUGACAGCGGAGACAAGAUGGACGCCAAAACAAAGGCCAUCAGUUAUCUCAGCAUUGCAAUUGGACUGACUGCAGGCCUAGCUACGGGGUGGAUCAUGUACACAAAGACGAAGGCUAGGGCACAAGAGCUGGAGGCUGAGGAGCGUGAAGCUGCUAUUCGUGGAGAAGCACCGGAUGGGGACGAAUUCGAAGAGGAGGGCAGAUAUGAAUACUCGGACGAUGCUAUGGAGAGGGAAGCUACCGAGGCAAUCCGGGGCGACGAUGGUAUCAGUCUGCGUAGCGACCAAGAAUACCGCGAUGACUUUGGCGAUGAUGCGGACGACGCUCAGGACCUGGACAAGGUCUUCCGGCACGGCGACGGAGACGAAGAGGAAGGAUUUAGAGAUAGAGUAGACAGCUACUCGUAUUCGCAAGAGACACGCAUACCCAACUCUGACCAAUCUGUGCCUCUGGCUAACUACACCAUGUCGGCAACAAUGUCUUCGUACGUGGUGGACCUGAUGUGGCAGCUCACCAAUUGCUUCAACUGCUUCCCGAGCAAUCCCGCCCUCAAGAUCAAUGGCCGCUCAUACAAGAUCCUUCGUCUCCUGGGAGAGGGCGGCUUCUCAUACGUCUACUUGGUUCAAUCACCGCCGUCGCCAAAUCUAUACGCCUUGAAGAAGAUUCGAUGUCCAUUCGGCGCCGAGUCGGUGGCUCUGGCUCUCAAAGAGGUCGAAGCAUACAGCUUGUUCCAGCCGCAUCCCAACAUCAUCCACGCCCUUGACCAUGCCGUCAUUCCGGAUCGCAGCGACCCCUCAGCAAAGACUGUUUACAUCCUUCUGCCAUACUACCGUCGAGGCAAUUUGCAAGACGCCAUAAAUGCCAACCUCGUCAAUGGCGCAAAGUUCCCUGAGCGCAGGUUGAUGGUCCUGUUCCGUGGUGUCUGUGUCGCACUACAAGCCAUGCACAACUACAAGGUGGGAGGCGCUCCAGGUGGUAAAGGUGCACAAUCGAGAGCAAAGCGGGUACGGGCCGAUGCUGCAAGAGCCGACAGGGGAGAAGACCAUGGCGACGACGAUGACGAGCUGGAUGAUGCUGAGCCGUUGAUGGAGGGCGAGAUCUCCAUGGCACAAGAGGGCAUGUCCGAAGGUCAGACCAGAGCAUAUGCACAUCGCGACAUCAAGCCUGGCAACAUCAUGAUUUCAGACGACGGCCAGUCACCUAUUCUUAUGGACCUUGGCUCAUUAGCCCCUUCGCCCACUCCCAUCACAUCACGCGCUCUCGCACUACAAGUCCAAGAUACAGCUGCCGAACACAGCACCAUGCCUUACCGCGCUCCCGAACUCUUCGACGUCAAAACCGACUCUGUAAUCGAUACAAAGGUAGACAUCUGGAGUCUAGGAUGUACACUAUACGCCUGUCUAGUCGGCAAAUCACCAUUCGAAGCCCGCAGCGAAGAAACCGGUGGAAGUCUGAGUCUCUGUGUUUUGGGUGGUGACUGGAGAUUCCCAGAUGAGCACAACGCACAAGCAAACAAGAGCAGAGGAAAGCAANAGAUGCCCACGAAUUCGGAAGCUGCUGCACAAGACGCACCUAUCACUGAGAUGAUCAAGGAUGUGGUUAGGAGGUGUUUGAGAGUCGAGCCGUCGGAGAGACCAGAUGUUAAUGAAUUGCUCGCCAUGGUCGACGAUGUUAUUGCAGCUCUGCCAGAAGAUGGAGACCCGUUGGAAGAUUAG